AUGCAGACACCCGGCACAGGUGGAGAUGCCAAAGCUGCAGCCGAGAAUGGCCCCAUUGUGAUACCGGAGGACUUCACCAUAGACAAGGAUGCCCGCUAUGCCGGCACCGUCCUUGAGUUCAACAAGUGGAGAGGGUUUGGGCACAUCGCGCUGGUCCAGAAGGGGGUCGUGCCCGGGGACAAAGUUUUUGUCCAUUGGAACAACAUCCAGACAGAGGAUCGAUUUCCACGCUUGCAGCAAGGACUGCAGGUGGAGUUUGGCCUGGUGAUAUCGCAGGGAUGGCGGGGGUGGAACAAGGUGCGGUCACUGAAGGCCAAGACCGUGACGCUUCCAGGUGGAGGCAUGAUCAACAUCCAGGCAGCAAUGGAUGCUGAGAACAUGACGUUUGUUGGUGCACAAAACUUCCGCUACACUGGCACCGUCAAGUUUUUCGAUCCAUUCCGUGGUUUUGGGUGGGUCAUUAUAAAUGACGGAUAUGCCCUGGACGAGCCCGUCCCAAACGAGAUCAAGGUGGAAGCAUGGGAGCUCAACACAGGCGGCAAACGCCUGCGGAUGAGAAUCGACAAGCUUGAGAUUGAGUUCGGCAUCGUGAAGAGCAACACGGGUUUAUUGCAAGUGUGGGGCAUUGGUGACAAGAUUGCGAAGGGGGAUUCCUACAUGGCCUACAAUGUCACGCUGCCAGGCGGCGCACCGAUUACGCAGGAGGCCAUGGAACACCGCAAGGAAGAAGGCGGUCAGAGGUAUACUGGAACAGUGCAGUGGUGGCAGCGGUGGCAAAACUGGGGGCACAUCGUUCCAGACCCCGGUCAAGCCUUGCCACCGGUGGUGAAAGCCAAGAUGGAGGAGUCAGUUGCGCAGGCAGCCGCGAAGGCAAAGCCUGAUGGCAAACCUCCAGAGAUGCUGCUCUAUUUUCGCAAGGUCGAUUGCGAGUGGAGCCUGCGACCAGAGAUUGGCAAGAAAGUUUCUUUCACAGUAUACCUAGAUGACAAAGGUGCCGGGGCCAAGGAUGUCGUGCCCGUGGAGCCUGGGACGUAUCCGGAAGUUGCAUGUAUGCUGUUGUCCUGUGCACUUCUCUGCGUCACCUUCGCGCGUUUCGGUGAAGUAAGGAAUGAGCGCCAUUGCCAGCCUAUGCAAAAGUGUGGAGCAGUUUUGGUAUCUCGUGUUUUGAGAAUCCACGGCCAUCACAUGCACCUACGACCUACGAUCGACCAAGUCGCUUUUAGCCUCAGCAUGUCCAUUGAAGUUUUCUUAAAACUUAGCGAAGGCCGCAGCAGCGGUCAAGUCGCUUGUCCGUUUCGAAGAGCGUUCCGUGCGAGGAGCAAAAUCGCACAGCACAAGGGCACACGAGCGAAGGUAGAAGAUGCCUGCACUCAUCGCGGAAGUGAUUAUGGUCGGCUGUGCCAUGCGAUGUCUUCUUUUUUGCUACUCCCCCAUUGCUCGGAUUACACUAGUUCGUCGCUUCUUGAGAGAGCAGGUCACCCGCGAUUGCAGUAG